AUGGGUGCAAUGGAGCGGUUCGUGUUUUAUUUGCUAGCGGUGGCGGUACUGACCACCGAUAAUGUAGUCCUCGGGCAAGAAGAAACGCCGUCCAGCGACAAGGACUGGUGGCAAACGGCUGUGUUCUAUCAGAUCUAUCCCCGCUCGUUCUACGACACCAACAACGAUGGCGUUGGAGACGUCCGUGGUGUGACGGCGAAGUUGCAGUACUUGAAGGACACGGGCAUCGAUGCGACCUGGCUGAGUCCGAUCUUCAGCUCACCGCAGGAGGACUUCGGGUACGAUGUGUCCGACUUCAAGCAGGUGGAUCCCCUGUUCGGUACCAACGCCGACUUGGAGCAGUUGUUUGCCGAAGCGAAGAAGCUCGGCAUCAAGAUCGUGCUCGACUUUGUGCCCAACCAUACGAGCAACCGGCAUCAGUGGUUUGUGGACUCGGAGAGAGGCAUCGCACCGUACCGGGACUACUACGUCUGGCAUCCGGGCAAGAUGGUGAACGGUGUGCGCCAACCACCAAACAAUUGGCAAUCGGUCUUCUACGGAUCCGCCUGGGAGUGGAGCGAGCAGCGCGGUAUGUACUACCUUCACCAGUUCGCCAAGGGGCAACCGGAUCUGAACUUCCGCAAUCCGGCCGUCAUUACCGAGUUCGACGGUAUCCUGCGGUACUGGAUGGAACGUGGUGCGGCCGGGUUCCGUGUCGAUGCCAUCAAUCAUAUGUUUGAGCACGAGGACUUUAUUGACGAACCGAUCAACAAUCCGGAGGACCCGAACAGCUACGGCUACACGCACCAUAUCUACACGAAGGAUUUGCUGGAAACGUACGAUGUGAUUGCACACUGGCGCACGGUGUUGGACGACUUCGUACGGUCGACGGGUGAGGAUACUGUCAUCAUGAUGACGGAAGCGUAUGCCAACCUCUCGAUGACACUGCGCUACUACGAAUCGGACGACGGCAACCAGCAGCGGGCCCACUUCCCGUUCAACUUUGUCAUGAUCGAGGAGUUGGGUGAGGGCUCGAAUGCUCACGACUUCAAGCGCGUUAUCGACCGGUGGUUGGGGAAUCUGCCGCGGGGUAAGACCACCAACUGGGUGCUGGGUAACCAUGACAAGCCGCGUGUGGCCAGUCGGUACGGUGUGGAGCGGGUAGAUGGCAUGCAGUUGAUGGUGCUGACGCUGCCCGGUGUGGCCGUCACGUACAAUGGCGACGAGCUGGGAAUGAUCGACCAUCGGGACAUUUCGUACGAGGAUACGCUCGAUCCGCAGGGCUGCAAUGUUGGUCCGGACAAUUACAAGUGGGCCUCUCGCGAUCCUCAGCGCGUUCCGUUCCAGUGGGACGAUACGUACAACGCGGGAUUCUCCCAAGCGCCACGCACCUGGCUGCCGAUGCAUCCGUACUACCGCCAGACGAACCUGCUGAAGCAGCAGGAAGCCGACUACAGCCACUACAAGUUCUACCGGGACGCGGUGGCGGUCCGCAAGCACCGUGUGUUUACGCACGGCGAGUUCAAAUCGCGUGCCUUCGGCGAUUGGGUGUUUGCCUUCGCGAGAUACUUGCGUGAGGAAGACGAUCGGCUGGACGAUCCGUACCGGGUGGUGUUGAUCAACUUUUCCGGCGAACGCGCAACGAUCGACGUGAACGAUCUGUACGAGAUCCGCAACCUGACGGAGGUGUACCUCGUGGGGACGGACUCACGACACAAGGUUGGCCAUCGGCUCGAUGCCAAGCAGGUCCAUCUCGGUCCCUGGGACUCGAUCGUGCUCGGUCCGAUUUCAUCCGCAACAAGGAUGGCGCUUUCCUUCGGCUCGCUGCUGCUAGUGGUUGUGUUUAAGUUCCUCUUCUAG